UAAAAUUAUUUUAGUUCUAGAUCUGGCAUGGUCUUCUUUCCUACUGGGACAUCCUAUGGGGUAAAUAAAGGGAUCAUUGCUGGCAAGGAGAAAGAAAAAAAAAGGUAACUCAAGAUGGCGAAGAAGACUUUUAGCAGAUUGGAGAUAAUCCUUAGUGUUCUGUUACUGGGAUUGUUCAUCAUCUCUAUUGCCCUGAUUGUGCUUUUAGCUACAAAUACUUCAGGAGUGAAAGAAACUAUCACUACUUCAAGUCCUGAGACAACAGGGACGACAACAGCCUCCCCAACAGUGACUUCCACAUCCACCUCUUCGACUACUUUAACUCCAGAAUGCCCUACAGUAAACCUGUCAGAAAGGAUCAACUGCAUCCCUGAUCAAACACCAACACAGGCCACAUGUCACCAACGUGGUUGUUGCUGGAGCCCUCAGGGACCAGUAACUGUUCCCUGGUGCUACUUCUCCAAGAAGUAUGGCUAUCAGAUAAAGGGUAGUAGUAACACGAGUGCAGGAUUCACAGCCCAGUUAAGCCGACUCUCCACAGCUUCGAUGUUUGGAAAUGAUAUUGCCAAUGUCAUUCUUGAAGCAGAAUACCAGACUUCCAAUCGUUUCCAUUUCAAGAUCCGAGAUCCCAAUGAUGUCAGAUACGAAGUCCCUCAUGAACAUGUCCAGCCAUUUACUGGAAAUGCAGCUAAUAAUUUGAACUAUCAUGUGAACAUUGAAAAGGAGUCAUUUAGCAUCAAAGUUAUCCGGAAAAGUAACAAUCGUGUUUUAUUCGACACUGGUAUUGGGCCUCUCCUAUUUGCUCAACAAUACCUGCAGCUCUCCAUCAAGCUACCCAGUGCUAAUGUGUAUGGCCUAGGGGAGCAUGUUCAUCAAGAGUACCGUCAUGAUAUGGCUUGGAAGACUUGGCCCAUCUUCUCUCGGGACAAUACUCCUAAUGAUGGCAUGACUAAUUUGUAUGGAGCGCAGACAUUUUUCUUGUGCCUUGAAGAUAUAAGUGGAUUAUCCUUUGGAGUUUUUCUGAUGAACAGCAAUGCCAUGGAGGUUGCCCUUCAACCUGCCCCAGCAAUCACUUAUCGAAUCACCGGGGGUAUUCUGGACUUUUAUGUCUUCUUAGGGAAUACUCCAGAAGAGGUUGUUCGGGAAUACCUUGAGCUUAUUGGAAGGCCACUCUUGCCAUCUUAUUGGUCUCUUGGAUUUCAUCUCAGUCGCUGGGUGUAUGGAGGUUUGGAUGGAAUGAAGAAAGUUGUGGAGAGAAACCGAGCUGCUCAGCUUCCUUGUGAUGUUCAGUACUCUGAUAUUGACUAUAUGGAUGAGAAGAAGGAUUUCACUUAUGAUAAAGUACUAUUUGGAGGUCUACCUGAAUUUGCUGAGGAUUUACAUAACCACGGACAGAAAUAUGUCAUUAUUAUGGAUCCAGCCAUUGCCAGUGACUCUCCCAACUAUGGUCCUUAUGUCCGGGGCUCAAACAUGAAGAUAUGGGUCAAUGCAUCGGAUGGAGUGACACCACUUAUUGGGAAGGUGUGGCCGGGCCAGACGGUCUUUCCAGACUAUACCAAUCCAAAGUGUGCCCAGUGGUGGGCAGAGGAGUUCAGCCUUUUCUACAAGGAGCUAAAGUUUGAUGGAAUCUGGAUUGAUAUGAAUGAACCCUCCAACUUUGAUGAUGGUUCAUCUACGGGAUGCUCACAUAGUAACCUGAACUAUCCCCCAUUUACUCCUAGAAUACUGGAUCACUUUCUACCUGCCAAAACCCUUUGCAUGGAUGCAGUUCAGUACUGGGGAAAACACUAUGAUGUUCACAAUCUGUAUGGUUACUCCAUGGCAAUUGCAACAGAAGAGGCUGUAAAAGCUGUCUUCAAUAAUAAAAGAAGCUUUAUUGUCACACGCUCUACCUUUGCUGGGUCAGGCAAAUUUGCAGCUCAUUGGCUGGGGGACAAUGCAGCCACUUGGAAUGACCUUCGCUGGUCUAUACCUGGUGUGCUUGAGUUCAACUUGUUUGGUAUCCCUAUGGUGGGCCCUGACAUCUGUGGUUAUGCCAAUGAUGUCUCAGAAGAACUAUGCAGGCGGUGGAUGCAGCUUGGUGCAUUUUAUCCAUUUUCCAGGAAUCACAAUGGUCAAGGCUACAAGGAUCAGGACCCUGCUGCAUUUGGAGAAGAUUCUCUUCUUUUAAAUACCUCCAGACACUACCUGAAUAUCCGCUAUACUCUGCUGCCUUAUCUCUAUACCCUCUUUUUCCAAGCUCACACUCGAGGGGACACUGUAGCCCGACCCCUUCUACAUGAGUUUUAUGCUGACAAUUAUACCUGGGAUGUGUAUCGGCAGUUUUUGUGGGGGCCUGGGCUUCUUAUUACUCCUGUUCUGGAGGAAGGGGCUGAGAAAGUGACAGCAUAUAUGCCUGAUGCUAUCUGGUAUGACUAUGAAACUGGUAAUCGGACAUCAUGGAGAAAACAAGAGGUUGAGCUGUUACUCCCCCCAGACAAAAUUGGACUCCAUCUUCGAGGAGGCUAUAUUUUCCCCACACAGCAGCCAGCCAUCACCACAGUAGCAAGCCGAAAGAAUCCUCUUGGUCUCAUCAUUGCCCUUGAUGACAAUAAUGAAGCUAAAGGAGAACUUUUUUGGGACGAUGGAGAAACUAAAGGUACUAUAACUAGUGGUGCCUACAUCUUGCAUGAGUUUUUGUACACCCAAAACCGUUUAGAUGUGAAGAUUUUGCAUAAUUCAUACAAUGAUAUUUAUAACUUAACAUUUAACGAGAUUAAAAUCCUUGGGACAAAAGAACCUAUUAAUAUCAUUGUGAAGAAGAAUAAUGUCCUCAUUGCAUCUUCUCCUAAUGUUACUUAUAUUGAAGAAUACCAGGUUGCUAUUAUCUCAGGGCUUGAACUUUCCUUGGGAGAAGAAUACACUGUGGAAUUGAGUUUCAGUUUCAGAGAUGUGGACAAAAUAGACUGUUAUCCCGAGGACCAAGCAGUCUCUGAAGAAAACUGCACAGCUCGUGGCUGUGUCUGGGAGUUACCCAGUUCUCCAGGAGUUCCUAGCUGCUAUAUCAUCAAUUUCCUAUAUUCAGUCAGUAACAUUCAAUCCAACCCAAUGGGGAUUACUGCUGAUAUCUUCUUAAAUUCAGCUUUGUAUGCUUCCAAUUUGCCUUCUACUCCUGUGAAUCCUCUCCGCUUAGAUGUCACCUACCAUAAGAAUGAUAUGCUGCAGUUUAAGAUCUAUGAUGCUAAUAGCAAAAGAUAUGAGGUCCCAGUGCCACUCAACAUCCCUAGAUCUCCCUCUAGUACCCCUGACAAUCGGCUCUAUGAAGUUUUCAUAAAGAGCAAUCCUUUUGGAAUUGAGAUCCGACGCCGGAGCACUGGCACAGUAAUUUGGGAUUCUAAGAUCCCUGGUUUUACCUUUAAUGACAUGUUCCUGCGCAUCUCUACUCGCCUCCCAUCCCAUUACAUCUAUGGUUUUGGGGAAACGGAGCACACGACCUUCCGAAGAAAUCUGACCUGGCACACAUGGGGCAUGUUUUCUCGAGACCAGCCCCCUGGGUACAAGAAGAAUUCCUAUGGUGUGCACCCUUAUUAUAUGGCUCUGGAGGAGGAUGGCAAUGCACAUGGGGUGCUCCUGCUCAACAGCAAUGCCAUGGAUGUGACUUUCCAGCCCACCCCGGCACUGACAUACCGCACCACUGGGGGCAUUCUGGACUUCUACAUGGUUUUGGGACCAACCCCAGAUCUUGUCACUCAGCAGUACACCAAGUUGGUUGGGCGACCAGUGAUGACACCUUAUUGGGCCUUAGGGUUCCAGCUUUGUCGCUAUGGCUACCAGAAUGAUACUGAAAUUGCUGAACUUUAUGAUGCUAUGGUGGCAGCCCAGAUCCCUUAUGAUGUGCAGUAUGCAGAUAUUGAUUACAUGGAACGGCAACUGGACUUCACUCUCAGCUCCAAGUUUUCUGGCUUUCCCAAUCUGAUCAAUAGAAUAAAAGCAGCCGGGAUGCGAGUCAUCCUUAUUCUGGACCCAGCCAUUUCUGGUAAUGAGACAAUUUAUCCUGCAUUCUCUCGUGGACUUCAGGAUAAUGUGUUCAUCAAAUGGCCAGAUGACAGUGACAUUGUUUGGGGAAAGGUCUGGCCAGAUUUGCCCAAUAUUACUAUCAACGCAUCUCUUGAUUGGGACACCCAAGUGGAGCUAUACAGAGCUCAUGUUGCCUUCCCAGACUUUUUCCGUAAUUCAACAACCAUAUGGUGGAAGCGUGAAUUACAAGAACUCCACACCAAUCCUCAGGAGCCACAGAAGAGUCUGAAGUUUGAUGGAAUGUGGAUUGACAUGAAUGAACCAUCCAGCUUUGUGAAUGGAGCAGUUCCUCCAGGCUGCAGGAAUACCACGCUCAAUCAUCCUCCUUAUAUGCCCUAUCUAGAGUCAAGAGACAGAGGCCUGAGCAGCAAGACUCUGUGCAUGGAAAGUCAGCAGAUCCUGCCUGAUGGAAGCCCAGUGAGACACUAUGAUGUGCACAAUCUCUAUGGCUGGUCCCAGACUAAGCCAACAUAUGAAGGUGUGCAGGAGGCUACUGGACAGAGAGGAAUUGUGGUCACUCGCUCCACCUUCCCUUCUUCAGGACGCUGGGCAGGACAUUGGCUGGGGGACAACACUGCAGCAUGGGACCAGCUCCAUAAAUCCAUCAUUGGUAUGAUGGAAUUCAGCCUCUUUGGAAUAUCCUAUACUGGAGCCGAUAUCUGUGGCUUCUUUGGAGAUGCUGAAUAUGAGAUGUGUGCUCGCUGGAUGCAACUGGGAGCCUUUUACCCUUUCUCUAGGAACCACAAUACCAUUGGGACCAGAAGACAAGACCCUGUGGCUUGGAAUUCCACCUUUGAGGCUCUUUCAAGAAAAGUCCUUCAGACAAGAUACACCCUAUUGCCUUAUCUCUAUACCCUGAUGCACAAGGCCCAUGUAGAAGGCAGCACUGUCGUCCGGCCCCUUCUUCAUGAAUUUCUGGAAGACAAAGAAACGUGGGACAUAUACCAUCAAUUCUUGUGGGGGCCAGCCUUCCUAGUCAGUCCUGUACUGACACCUAAUUCCCGGAAUCUCACUGCCUACUUCCCUAAAGCCAGCUGGUAUGAUUAUUACACGGGCUCAGGUGUUGGAGUGAGGGGACAGUGGACGAUCCUGCAUGCUCCCUUGGACCACAUCAAUCUCCAUAUCCGUGGAGGCUACAUUCUUCCAUGGCAAAAACCUGCCAAUAAUACUCACUAUAGCCGGAAAAAUUCCUUGGGACUUAUUGUGGCUUUAUCUGACAACGGGAUAGCUGAAGGAGAGUUUUUCUGGGAUGAUGGACAGAGUAUUGAUACUUAUGAAAAGGGGGAUGUCUAUUUCUCAACUUUCUCUGCCAGUCAGAAUCAUCUAGAUGUGAAGAUUAUAGACAAGAACUACAGUGAUCCAAAUGGCCUAGCAUUUGAAGAGAUCAAAAUCUUUGGGCUGGACCUCAAACCACUUAUUGUUACUGUGAAAGAAAAUAAUGUUCCAGUACAAACUAAUGCUGAGAUCCAGUAUGAUCCUGCAACAAAGGUUGCUAACAUCACAGGGCUUCACCUUGAACUGGGAAAAGAAUACACAAUAGAAUGGUCAACUCAGUUCACAAAUACAGAAAAAUUUGACUGCUACCCUGAUGAACAAGGUGUCAAUGAAGAAAACUGUCGAUUACGUGACUGUGUCUGGGAGGAAGUCAGUUCCCCUGGUGUCCCUUUUUGCUAUAUCACAAAAUAUUAUUAUACUGCCUCUAAUAUUCAGAGUAGUCCAGCAGGCCUGACAGCAACUAUCUCCCGAAUUCCUGGAGCCAGUCACUAUCCUUCUGCUCCCAUAGAUCAACUUCGCUUGGAGGUGACUUUCCAUACAAACAACAUGCUGCAGUUCAAGAUUGAUGAUGCCAACAACAAAAGGUACAAAGUCCCAGUGCCCUUAAAUAUUCCAAGCUCCCCCAUCAGCCAAUCAGAAAAUCGUCUCUAUGAAGUAACCAUCAAGGAGAAACCAUUUGGAAUUGAGAUCCGCCGAAAAAGUACAGGCACUGUGAUUUGGGAUUCCCAGGUCCCUGGCUUUACCUUUAAUGACAUGUUCCUACGAAUAUCUACCCGACUCCCAUCCCAGUACAUCUAUGGCUUUGGGGAAACUGAGCACAGGAAAUUCCGGAGGGACCUCAACUGGCACACGUGGGGAAUGUUUUCUCGAGACCAGCCCCCAGGGUAUAAGAAGAAUUCCUAUGGUGUACACCCCUAUUACAUGGGUAUGGAAGAAGAUGGCAAUGCCCACGGAGUGCUCCUGCUCAACAGCAAUGCCAUGGAUGUGACUUUCCAGCCCACCCCUGCACUGACAUAUCGUACCAUUGGAGGCAUUCUGGACUUUUACAUGGUUUUGGGGCCAACUCCAGAGCUUGUCACUCAACAGUACACAGAGUUGAUUGGCCGGCCGGUGAUGACUCCUUAUUGGGCCUUAGGUUUCCAGCUGUGUCGCUAUGGAUACAAGAAUGAUUCUGAAAUUGCUGAACUCUAUGAUGCCAUGGUGGCUGCUCAGAUUCCCUAUGAUGUGCAGUACUCGGACAUUGAUUACAUGGAGAGGCAGAUGGACUUCACCCUCAGCCCCAAUUUUGCAGGUUUUCCCAAUCUGAUCAACCGAAUGAAGGAGGCUGGGAUGCGAGUCAUCCUUAUUCUGGACCCAGCCAUUUCUGGCAAUGAGACCCAGCCAUAUCUUGCAUUCAGCAGGGGAUUACAGGAUGAUGUGUUCAUCAAAUGGCCAGAUGACAGCGGCAUUGUUUGGGGAAAGGUUUGGCCAGAUUUGCCUAAUGUCACCAUCAAUGGAUCUCUUGAUUGGGACACACAAGUGGAGUUAUACAGAGCUCAUGUUGCCUUCCCAGACUUUUUCCGUAAUUCAACAGCCAGAUGGUGGAAGCGGGAAUUGCUAGAACUCCACACCAAUCCCCAUGAGCCACAGAAGAGCUUGAAGUACGAUGGAAUGUGGAUUGACAUGAAUGAACCAGCCAGCUUUGUGAACGGGGCAGUUCCCCCAGGCUGCAGGAACACCACAUUCAAUCAUCCUCCCUAUAUGCCCUAUCUGGAGUCAAGAGACAGAGGCCUGAGCAGCAAGACCCUGUGCAUGGAAAGUCAGCAGAUCCUGCCUGAUGGAAGCCCAGUGAGACACUACGAUGUGCACAAUCUUUAUGGCUGGUCCCAGACUAAGCCAACAUAUGAAGGUGUGCAGGAGGCUACUGGACAGAGAGGAAUUGUGGUCACUCGCUCCACCUUCCCUUCUUCCGGACGCUGGGCAGGACAUUGGCUGGGGGACAACACUGCAGCAUGGGACCAGCUCCAUAAAUCCAUCAUUGGUAUGAUGGAAUUCAGCCUCUUUGGAAUAUCCUAUACUGGAGCCGAUAUCUGUGGCUUCUUUGGAGAUGCUGAAUAUGAGAUGUGUGCUCGCUGGAUGCAACUGGGAGCCUUUUACCCUUUCUCUAGGAACCACAAUACCAUUGGGCCCAGAAGACAAGACCCUGUGGCUUGGAAUUCCACCUUUGAGGAUCUUUCAAGAAAAGUCCUUCAGACAAGAUACACCUUGUUGCCUUAUCUCUACACCCUGAUGCACAAGGCCCAUGUCGAAGGCAGCACUGUUGUCCGGCCCCUUCUUCAUGAGUUUGUGGAAGACAAAGAAACAUGGGACAUAGACCUUCAAUUCUUGUGGGGUCCAGCCUUCUUAGUCAGCCCUGUCCUGUACGCUAAUUCUCGGAAUGUCACUGCCUACUUCCCUAAGACCAGCUGGUAUGAUUAUUACACGGGCUCAGGUGUUGGAGUGAGGGGACAGUGGACAAACCUGCAAGCCCCCUUGGAUCACAUCAAUCUCCAUAUCCGUGGAGGCUACAUUCUUCCAUGGCAAAAACCUGCCAAUAACACCCACUAUAGCCGGAAAAAUUCCUUGGGACUUCUUGUGGCUUUAUCUGACAAUGGGACAGCUGAAGGAGAAUUUUUCUGGGAUGAUGGACAGAGUAUUGAUACUUAUGAAAGGGGGAAUUACUAUUUCUCAACCUUCUCUGCCAAUAAGAAUCGCGUAGCUGUGAAAGUUAUGCACAUGAACUACAGUGAUCCAAGUGGCCUUGCAUUUGAAGAGAUCAAAAUCUUUGGAUUGGACCUCAAACCUCAUACAGCUAUUGUAAAAGAAAAUAAUGUUCCAGUUCAAUCUAAUGCUGAGAUCAAGUAUGAUCCUGUAACAAAGGUUGGAAACAUCACAGGUCUUCACCUUGAACUCGGGAAGGAAUACACAGUAGAAUGGUCAACUCAAUUAAUAGAUACAGAGAAAUUUGACUGCUACCCUGAUGGAUAUGGUGUCAAUGAAGAAAAUUGUCGAUCACGUGACUGUGUCUGGGAGGCAGUCAGUUCCCCUGGAGUCCCUUUUUGCUAUAUCACAAAAUAUUAUUAUACUGCCUCUAAUAUUCAGAGUAGUCCAGCAGGCCUGACAGCAACUAUCUCCCGAAUUCCUGGAGCCAGUCACUAUCCUUCUCCUCCCAUAGAUCAACUUCGCUUGGAGGUGACUUUCCAUACAAACAACAUGCUGCAGUUCAAGAUUGAAGAUGCUAACAACAAAAGAUACGAAGUCCCAGUGCCUUUAAAUAUUCCAAGCUCCCCUAUCAGCCAAUCAGAAAAUCGUCUCUAUGAGGUAACCAUCAAGGAGAAACCAUUUGGAAUUGAGAUCCGCCGAAAAAGCACAGGCACUGUGAUUUGGGAUUCCCAGGUCCCUGGCUUUACCUUUAAUGACAUGUUCCUACGAAUCUCCACCCGCCUCCCAUCCCACUACAUCUAUGGCUUUGGGGAAACUGAGCAUACAACAUACCAGAGGAACUUGAGCUGGCAUACAUGGGGAAUGUUUACUCGAGACCAGGUCCCAGAGUAUAAGAAGAAUUCUUAUGGUGUGCACCCCUAUUACAUGGGUCUGGAAGAAGAUGGCAAUGCCCACGGAGUGCUUCUGCUCAACAGCAAUGCCAUGGAUGUGACUUUCCAGCCCACCCCUGCACUGACAUAUCGUACCAUUGGAGGCAUUCUGGACUUUUACAUGGUUUUGGGGCCAACCCCAGAGCUUGUCACUCAGCAGUACACAGGGCUGAUAGGUCGACCUGUGAUGACUCCUUACUGGGCUUUAGGCUUCCAGCUGUGUCGCUAUGGAUACAAGAAUGAUUCUGAAAUUGCUGAACUCUAUGAUGCCAUGGUGGCUGCUCAGAUUCCCUAUGAUGUACAAUAUGCAGACAUUGAUUACAUGGAGAGGCAUUUGGACUUCACUCUCAGCCCCAAAUUUGCUGGCCUUCCCAAUCUGUUCAAUCGAAUGAAGGAGAGUGGGAUGAGAAUUAUCCUUAUUCUGGACCCAGCAAUUUCUGGCAAUGAGACUCAGUCAUAUCUUGCAUUCAGCAGGGGAUUAAAGGAUGAUGUGUUCAUCAAAUGGCCAGAUGACAGCGGCAUUGUUUGGGGAAAGGUUUGGCCAUAUUUGCCCAAUAUCACUAUUGAUGAAUCUCUUGACUGGGAUACUCAAGUGAAGUUAUACAGAGCUCAUGUUGCCUUCCCAGACUUUUUCCGUAAUUCAACAGCCACAUGGUGGAAGCGGGAAUUGCUAGAACUCCACACCAAUCCCAUUGAACCACAGAAUAGCUUGAAGUUUGAUGGAAUAUGGAUUGACAUGAAUGAACCAUCAAAUUUUGUGGAUGGGGCAGUUCCUUCAGGUUGCAAGAAUAACACACUAAACAAUCCUCCUUAUAUGCCCUAUCUGCAGUCAAGAGAUGCAGGCCUGAGCAGCAAGACCCUGUGCAUGGAAAGCCAGCAGAUCCUGCCUGAUGGCAGUCCAGUGAGGCACUAUGAUGUACACAGUCUCUAUGGCUGGUCCCAGGCAAAGCCAACAUAUGAAGGUGUGCAGGAGGCUACUGGACAGAGAGGAAUUGUGGUCACUCGCUCCACCUUCCCUUCUUCAGGACGCUGGGCAGGACAUUGGCUGGGGGACAACACUGCAGCAUGGGACCAGCUCCAUAAAUCCAUCAUUGGUAUGAUGGAAUUCAGUCUCUUUGGAAUAUCCUAUACUGGAGCCGAUAUCUGUGGGUUCAAUGGAGAGGCUGAAUAUGAGAUGUGUGCUCGCUGGAUGCAACUGGGAGCCUUUUACCCUUUCUCUAGGAACCACAAUACCAUUGGGCCCAGAAGACAAGACCCUGUGGCUUGGAAUUCCACCUUUGAGGAUCUUUCAAGAAAAGUCCUUCAGACAAGAUACACCUUGUUGCCUUAUCUCUACACCCUGAUGCACAAGGCCCAUGUCGAAGGCAGCACUGUCGUCCGGCCCCUUCUUCAUGAAUUUGUGGAAGACAAAGCAACCUGGAACAUAUCCUACCAAUUCUUGUGGGGCCCGGCCCUUUUAAUCAGUCCUGUCCUGGAACCUAAUGCCUGGAAUGUGACUGCUUACUUCCCCAAUGCCCGCUGGUAUGAUUACUACACGGGAUCAGACAUGGGAGUGAAGGGACAGCUUAAGACUUUAUUAGCUCCUCUUGACCACAUUAAUCUUCAUAUCCGUGGGGGCUACAUUCUUCCAUGGCAAGAACCCGCCAAUAACACCCACUACAGCCGGCAAAACUUCAUGGGUCUCACAGCUGCCUUGGAUGAUGAAGGAAAAGCUGAAGGUUGGCUCUUCUGGGAUGAUGGACAGAGCAUCAAUUCAUAUAAAGAGGGAAAGUAUUACUUGGCAAACUUUUCUGUUGGACAGAACAAACUGGAGAACCACAUCAUUCACAAUAAGUACAUUGUAGCUACAAAACCACUGUGGCUGGGCUAUAUUAAUAUAUGGGGAGCAGGCGCUGACUCUAUUACCCAAGUCAAUAUUACUUACAACAGCCAGAAUUUGACCUUAGACAGCUUUCAUCAUGACCAAGCAACACAGGUGCUUUCAAUGAACUUGACUACACACAAUAUAAGCUUGGGGAAAUCCUUUGUGGUGACAUGGCGGAAUCCUUUAUGACCCUUUGGAGAAAGAUGUUGAACCAUUUAUCGGAAUAUAUUUGCAGAUCACCAUUAUAUAUUCUAAGACUUCACUUAAUUGGGCUAUACCUGAUUUUUAAAAAAGGUUGUUAAUGGGAUUUAAUUUGGGCUUUAUCAGCAACCCUGAAUGCUCUGAAUCCUUGAUGAGAGAGCAGGUUAUUAUUUUUUUCUUUCUGAUUGAAUAGGAACAGAAGGCUCAUCACCAUCAUUCAGCAUAGUGGCUAAGGAUCUCACUGGGUUGACUUGUGUAGGGCCAAAAAUGAUACCUUCUUACUGGCUAAAGAUGUACCUUUGUAUCCUAAGAACCUUAGGGCUGUUUUAAGAUUUAUUGCUUAAAACUUCACUAAGGCUUUUGGGAUACCCUUUAUAAGCAUCUAGGUGAUGGUAGUAGAGUGCUGGACAGUAGAGAGAUGCCAGUAGAGUAAGUGAUGGAAUUGGGAAAAACUCAGUUCAAAUCUUGCCUCAAGACACUUAUUAGUCAUGUAACCUUAUGCAAGUGAUGUAACCUCUUCCAGCCUCAGUUUCCUCAUAUGUAAAAUGGGAAUCGUAUUAGCAACUACCUCACAGAGUAGUUGAGUAGUUGUAAGGAUUAAGUGAGAAAACAUGUGAAAUACUUUGGUUUUGUAAAAGUGCUUUUUAAGUGCUAGUUUAAGAUUAGUGAGAAAGAUGAGAGAAGUUAAAAUUAUAGAGUAACUGAGGCCUGAUGGAGAGAUGAGAAGAAAAGUAGAAGUAAUUUCACUGAAAGGAGAAGACAAAUGUAAUUGGUAAAGGAAUGUAACACUUAAGAAAGGAGUUGGGGCAAGUUCAUAGGUAGUGCAAGUUAGUAUGAAUGCCACAUUGAAUUUAUUUUUGCAGCAAUGUAUUUAGAAAUAUCAAAUUAUAUACCUUUUCUUCUGUAUUACUCCUUUAUAAAGCAUAUUACACAUUCACAUGGUUAAGAUCUAUUAUUUCUCCUUUAAUUUCAUUAAUUUCUCUUUUUCAAUUAGUUUUUUGUUGUAUUCUCAUUUUCUAAAUUUUUCUUUUGCCAACUCAAAUAAUUACAUUUUUUCCUCCUUGUAAAUAUGUAUGCAGCAAUAAAAGUUUGCCUCUUUAUUGGCCCCAUCUUA